AUGGAACCACUACGGCAACCUGAUUUGGAGAUUCCUGCUGUUGCAGCACCUCAACAUCCCCCGGCUGAAGCUUCGGCACCCGAUAUACCUUCAAUUCCCUCCGAAGACCCUCUCGAGCACCCAGUAGAGCCAGCUGCGGAGACUGUACCUGGCCCGGUUGCAGGAACGGAGCAAGGGUAUACUAGCGACUCUAAAGGCCAUCGCCACACCCCCUCCGCGGAUUAUCACCACUCGGCACCGGAGUAUACUCCCCAGGACGACCCAGCCUCUCGCCUAAAUUCCUCCCCUUCUUUAGCCCAGCAACCUCCACUGCCUACUGCAUCUCGCCCUGGGUCUUCAUUCUCGAAUGGUCCCGACCGCAACGCGGUGCCACAACAGCAAGCACAAGAGGCCGCCCAGCGCCAACCGGCCCAGGCUUCGAAGAACAGCGUUGUGAUCAAGGUUGGCAUGGUCGGUGAUGCUCAGAUUGGCAAAACCAGCCUGAUGGUCAAAUAUGUUGAAGGCAGCUGGGAUGAAGACUACAUUCAAACAUUGGGCGUCAAUUUCAUGGAGAAGACAAUCUCAAUCCGCAACACAGAAAUCACUUUCUCCAUCUGGGAUCUUGGUGGCCAGCGCGAAUUCGUCAACAUGCUGCCACUUGUGUGCAACGAUGCGGUCGCAAUCUUAUUCAUGUUUGAUCUAACACGGAAGAGCACCCUCAACUCUAUCAAGGAGUGGUAUCGCCAGGGCCGAGGAUUCAACAAGACUGCUAUUCCAUUUUUGGUUGGAACCAAGUACGAUCACUUCGUCAAUUUCCCCCGCGAGGAUCAAGAAGAGAUUUCCCUGCAGGCCAAGCGAUUUGCUAAGGCUAUGAAGGCCAGUCUCAUUUUCAGCAGUACUAGCCACAGCAUUAACGUGCAAAAAAUCUUCAAAAUUGUUCUCGCCAAAGCCUUCGAUCUCAAAUGCACUAUUCCAGAGAUCGAAAACGUGGGGGAACCGCUUCUACUCUACAAGAAUGUCUGA